CAAACAGGAAACCGGAAGUGACAAUUACUGAAACUGGGAGGAAAACAUAGCGGCGGCGCCGAGGAGGAGCUGGCUGUGUAAAUGUUUUGUUUUUGUGACGGCGGAGGUAGGGGAAUUCAAUGAGAGGGGGGAAAAAAGAUGAACUCUCGUGCCGGGACUGGAUUUGAGGCUUUGCAAAGGGCACUGGCGGUUUGCUAAAUGGAGUCAGAGCAGCUGUACCACAGAGGCUACUCCAGGAACAGCUACAACAGCAUUGCCAGUGCCAGCAGCGACGAGGAGCUGCUCGAUGGAGCUGGCAUCGUCAUGGACUUUCACACUACUGAGGAUGACAACCUGCUAGAUGGCGACGCUUCCUCCCCAGGGUCUAACUACGCCAUGUCUAAUGGGGGUGGUGCACCCAGCAGCUCCACCCACCUGCUGGACUUCCUCGAGGAGCCCAUUCCCGGGGUGGGCACCUAUGACGACUUCCACACCAUCGACUGGGUGCGCGAGAAGUGCAAGGACCGCGAGAGGCACCGGAAGAUCAACAGCAAGAAGAAGGAGUCUGCGUGGGAGUUCUCCAAGAGUCUAUAUGACGCCUGGUCUGGGUGGCUGGUGGUCACGCUCACAGGCUUAGCCUCCGGUGCCUUGGCUGGUCUGAUCGACAUCGCUGCCGACUGGAUGAACGACCUGAAGGAGGGCGUGUGCCUGAGCGCCAUGUGGUUCAAUCACGAGCAGUGCUGCUGGACGUCCAAUGAGACCACGUUCGCCGAAAGGGACAAGUGUCCCCAGUGGAAGAGCUGGGCUGAACUCAUCCUGGGCCAGGCUGUGGGUCCAGGCUCGUACAUCAUGAACUAUUUCAUGUACAUCUACUGGGCACUGUCCUUCGCCUUCCUCGCCGUGUGUCUCGUCAAAGUUUUUGCUCCAUACGCCUGCGGAUCAGGGAUCCCAGAGAUCAAGACCAUCCUGAGUGGGUUCAUCAUCAGGGGAUACCUGGGCAAGUGGACCCUGAUGAUAAAGACCAUCACUUUGGUGCUGGCGGUGGCGUCGGGCCUGAGUCUAGGAAAAGAGGGUCCGCUGGUCCACGUGGCGUGCUGCUGCGGGAACAUCUUCUCUUACCUCUUCCCCAAGUACAGCAAGAACGAGGCCAAGAAACGAGAGGUUCUCUCCGCCGCGUCGGCAGCUGGCGUGUCAGUGGCGUUUGGGGCGCCGAUAGGCGGCGUUCUCUUCAGCCUGGAAGAGGUGAGCUACUACUUCCCGCUCAAGACACUCUGGCGCUCCUUUUUCGCCGCCCUGGUGGCCGCCUUUGUCCUGCGUUCCAUCAACCCGUUUGGAAACAGCCGCCUGGUUCUGUUCUACGUGGAGUACCACACGCCCUGGUACCUGUUCGAGCUCCUCCCCUUCAUCCUUCUGGGUGUUUUCGGGGGCCUGUGGGGUGCCUUCUUCAUCCGAGCCAACAUCGCUUGGUGUCGGCGUCGGAAGUCAACCCGCUUUGGGAAGUAUCCAGUUUUGGAGGUGAUCCUGGUGGCGGCCAUCACGGCCGUAGUCGCGUUCCCCAACCCGUACACCCGGCAGAACACCAGCGAGCUGAUAAAGGAGCUCUUCACCGACUGCGGCCCGCUCGAGUCCUCGCAGCUCUGCCAGUACCGCAGCCAGAUGAACGGCAGCAAGGCCUUUACGGAAAACCCCAACCAGCCCGCCGGGCCUGGCGUGUACACCGCCAUCUGGCAGCUAUGCCUCGCUCUCGUCUUUAAAAUCAUAAUGACCAUAUUUACAUUUGGCCUCAAGGUCCCAUCAGGCUUGUUCAUUCCUAGCAUGGCCAUCGGGGCCAUCGCAGGGCGAAUCGUGGGCAUCGCCGUGGAGCAGCUGGCGUAUUACCACCACGACUGGUUCCUGUUCAAAGAGUGGUGUGAGGUGGGGGCGGACUGCAUCACGCCAGGGCUCUAUGCCAUGGUGGGGGCGGCGGCCUGCCUUGGAGGCGUGACCCGCAUGACGGUCUCCUUGGUGGUCAUCGUCUUCGAGCUGACCGGCGGCCUCGAGUACAUCGUGCCCCUCAUGGCUGCCGUCAUGACCAGCAAAUGGGUGGGCGACGCUUUCGGCCGCGAGGGGAUCUACGAGGCACACAUCCGUCUCAACGGGUACCCCUUCCUGGACGCCAAAGAGGAAUUCACCCACACGACGCUCGCGAGGGAGGUGAUGAGGCCGCGCCGGUGCGACCCGCCGCUCGCUGUGCUGACGCAGGAUGACCUGACCGUGGAGGACCUGCAGAGUGUCAUCAACGAAACCAGUUAUAAUGGUUUUCCGGUGAUCGUGUCCAAGGAGUCCCAGAGGCUUGUGGGUUUUGCUCUGCGCAGAGAUAUCACCAUCGCCAUAGAGAACGCUCGGCGCAAACAAGAGGGCAUCAUGCUGAACUCCAGGGUGUACUUCACUCAACACGCCCCCACCCUACCCGCCGACAGCCCCCGCCCCCUCAAGCUGCGCUCCAUCCUCGACAUGAGCCCCUUCACCGUCACCGACCACACCCCCAUGGAGAUUGUGGUGGACAUCUUCAGGAAGCUGGGGCUGCGCCAGUGCCUGGUCACUCACAAUGGGCGGCUUCUCGGCAUCAUCACGAAAAAGGAUAUCCUGCGUCACAUGGCUCAAAUGGCCAAUCAGGAUCCCGAGUCCAUCAUGUUCAACUGAUCCGCCCCUUUCAGGACGGGCGGGGGUGGGGGGAGGGAUGGUCAAUCUGUGACAUACUGACUUUUAUUAUUUUUCAUGUUCCAGAUGGCGCAAUCAGGCGUGCAAUAUUUUUUUUUUUCCAACACUGAUCCAUCCAUUAUUGUGAAGUCCCCCCCCCCC